CAGCGCCUUUUCUCCAUUGCCACUGGUAUUGAUCCCCGCUCUUUGGCCAUGCAAGACUCAGACGAAUUUUACUUGUUCAUGGACAUGCGAGCCGAGUUCAAAUGGCUCUCAUACCAAAUGACAUCAAAGCGCUGGGCCUUGGCUACAGAGGAAUAUAACCUCCGUCUGGUGAAGAAAAAGGGUGAGUCAGUUGUCAGAAAGAAUCCACAAGCUCUCCUCCGCGCACUGGGCGACAUUGAGCCGAAGUUGAUGAACAAGAUCAUCAAGGAUGACUAU